ACGGGCUUUUCUGGCCGUGUGGGUGCUGCUUACUCGAGCUACAGACUCCCACACAAAAAAAGAACCGUCUCUGUGCCGCCGUGAGUGCAGUGCCGCAGCUAGCAUUAGCGGCUAGCUCCACAUCUCAGCUGGCAACUGCCCGAGAUUAAGCUCUAGCAGUGGUCGGGAAACUUAAAGAAGGCAUCUGCGUGAUUUGGGAGAAUGUUGAAUGAAUCGCUCCUGAGGAAACCGAGUUUGGGACAGGGGGCCUGUACCUUUUUAAAAAAUAUUUGAUCCUUCGGACGGUGUGGGUUUACUGUAGUCCGUGUCUGGGUGAACAGUCCUUUAAGAAAACAGCGUGAGCACUUUGCGUAAAAUACGUUGUUUUCUGGCUAAGCGUCGAGUGACAUUGCAGUCUUUCCCUUCCAUCUGGCCCCAGUGGUUGGGGUUAAAAUAGCGUAAACUGCGCUGGGCAUUGCGUUUGGGAAAAGAAAGAAGGUGGAGCGCUGUCCGUCGUACGUGCUGACGCAGUGGGAUUUUUACGUCUGUCCGUCGUGCGCGCUGACGCAGUGGGAUUUCUACGUCUGGCCGUCGUACGUGCUGACGCAGUGGGAUUUCUACGUCUGGUCAGCGCUUCCCGCCGCCCCUCCCGCUGUGACGGUGAUGGGUCGGAAGCGGUGUGUCGGUGCAGAUUGUUCCAAGAUGGCGGCCGGGUGCUGCGGGGUGAAGAAGCAGAAGCUGUCGGGGUCCCCCGGGUCGGGGGGUCCUGGCGGGGCGGGGAGCGGGGUAGCUGGGACGGGACACUGCGGAUCAGACUUGGGGAUUGGUUCCUCCUCGACAGUGGCGUCGGGGAGCGUGAAUCGAGUUAACGGCCUGGGGGGUCCUGGGGGUAGCAGUAGCACCAACAACACCAACGCGCUGUCCCCAACUCCCGGAGCCUACAACUCCACCGGCCUCUCCCCUAAUCUCAGCCCCGGAUCUGGUUCGGGCAGCGGUGGCAGGAAGAUGGUUGUUUCGGCGGAGAUGUGUUGCUUCUGUUUCGACGUGCUUUAUUGCCAUCUAUACAAUUACCAGGCUCCCCGUACACCCAGGUUUACAAACGACCCUUACCCACUGUUUGUCACGUGGAAGAUGGGCCGGGACAAGCGGCUGAGGGGAUGUAUAGGUACAUUUUCUGCCAUGAACCUGCACUCAGGCCUCAGGGAGUACACCCUUACCAGUGCCCUUAAAGACAGCCGGUUCCCCCCCGUGACGCGGGAGGAGCUGCCUCGCCUCUUCUGCUCCGUGUCUCUGCUCACAAACUUCGAGGACGUGGGCGACUACCUGGACUGGGAGGUGGGUGUACAUGGCAUUAGGAUAGAAUUUUUCAAUGAAAAAGGAUCAAAGCGCACCGCCACCUACCUGCCCGAGGUAGCGAAGGAGCAAGGAUGGGACCACAUUCAGACCAUAGAUUCCUUACUACGAAAGGGAGGUUACAAAGCUCCCAUAACAAAUGACUUCAGGAAGACCAUUAAAUUGACCAGGUACCGCAGUGAGAAGAUGACGAUGAGUUACGCGGAGUACAUCGGUCAUCGGCAGCACCAUCACUACCAGAAUGGCAUGGGGCACCCUCUCCCCCCGUACAGUCAUUAUUCCUGACAGAGAGCCGCAUGAGCAGACCCUGCAGCUCUCGGGAGAGCCCGCCCCCUGGUCCAGCUAUCUCUACUACUGUACCAUUUUAUGAUGAUAGUUUCCGUUGCCGUGCCGACUGUUACCCACAGAGGCACGGCAACGGGCGGCCUCAGCAUCAUUUGAUUACGACACGAAAAAAAUAUUAUAAUUACAUUUAAAUCUUUCGUUUUUACCCUCCUAUUAAGUUUGUUUUUGCAGCAUUAAUAACCCCGUUUCUUCCUUAUUUAAAAAAAAAAGAAGAAUAAAAAGUAGAUUUAGUUUUUUUUUUUUUUCGUUCUCCAAACCAAUCCUAAUCAGGUUUACUGUGUCUGUGGAUGGAAGGAAGGGUUAGUCUCGCCGGAAGACCUCUCUCUCUUCAGUUUGUGUGUCUGUGUUGUGCUAUGCCUAGAAGUGCAUUCAUUUAGGGCGGGUUGGGUUUAGCUUUUUCCUUUUUAUAUAAUUUCUUAUCAGCCAGAUUUAAAUUGUGUGUGUCGAGUUGGCAACCGCAGGUCUUGAGGUCUUUGAGUUCCCUGUGUGCUACUCUGGAGAUUUGGGUUGUUCUGAGGGUUGGUGUGCUCGUGUAGCCCAGUGUAGGUUAGCUAGCUGAAGCCUGGUAGAGGUGCUAUAACCUGGAGUGUAGGAUAGUAGUCAUAUGGUAGGAAUGCAUUAGAGCAGGUAAAUGAUAGGCAGGUUUUGUUUUUUUUUCUUUUUUGUGUUGGUAGAAGCCAACUUGUAGUAUGUUGGGGAGUGUUUGAAACCACUAGAUAAAUUAGAAAUGAAAUGAAGCCAAAAUAUGAAUGAUGAUUCCAUUAAAAAGUUAAGAGUUCACUUUUGGCCUUCUAUGAUAACAUCUGUAAAUGGAAAUGAAUCGAGUUGGCCUGGUUUAACAGUCAGAUUUCUUUUUUUUUUGUUGUUUUCUUGCUCCGUGAAGAUUGUCUGUUCUUUAUUGAGCAUAUCUAUAAAGUUUCAGGUCAGCGUGAGUUCUCUUUAUCUUAAAAAGCCAUAUUUCUGUGCGGGGCGGUGGGGAAUGCGGAGCGACGUGGUUGGGUUCAGUGGUUUUUUUGGGGGUUUAUUGUGGGUGUAAUACCUCAAGGCCUCGGGGUGCUGUGUUUGGGUGAGAUCUGGCUGAGGGUAGCAUCUUCAGGACCCGUUUUAAAACGCGCUCCAGACCGCAGAAACGCGCUCCCUAAAAACACGCUCCAAACGGUAUAUCAGCUCACGCGGCAUGCGUGUUCACGAGCGCCCGUGGGCACGGAACACCGCAUGUCCAGCGCUGUCGUUCGGAGACGUUAAACUGGGAGUCGUCCGACCUAGUAAAUGCUUGGUGUCUUUGUAGUCGUCAUGCUGGAGUUUAGUUACGGCCUGUCUUGUUCUUAUUUUAUUUUUUUUGCCAUGGCAUUGUGCGGAGAGGGAAGACUGGGCGCGCGCCGGGCGCGGUCAGCGAGGCGCGAGGCACGGACUCUUCAGACGGGUACAUACGCCAUCUUGAGUUCAUCCAGAACCUGAUAACCCAGGACAAAAUGGCCGACGCUCUGCUUUCAGAGAAACCCCGUGUACACGUGUGGCCAGUCCAUGGGUGACUGCUAACUGACUCCAGUCACAGAAUCCAUAUCACCCUAAUGUACGAAUCCAGUCGAUAUUCAGGAGUAGGUAUCAAGACCUCACUUUAUAAAAAUGAAUAAAUCCGUACGUUGAAUAAAAAUCUUUUUAAAAAGAUGGCCGCAUAAAGACCUUUUCACGUUUGUCUUUGAUUUUGUUUUCCAAGUUGCAGGUUCUUGGAAUGAUUGCCGUCGGUGAAAGAUGGCUUAUAUACCCCGAUGUGUAGAAUUGGACCUUCUUUCCUCCGUUAAAAAUAAGGGCUUUCGGUGUUCCAUCCACAGCUACUCUAGAGCUCCUAAACGAAUGACCCGGCUCAGUUGUGUUGCCUUAAAUGCGUUUGUGAUCAGGACCAGGUCUCCAAUGCCACAGGCUCU